ACUGCCUCCCGCCGCCGCCGCCGCCGCCCGCCGGCCCCGGACCAGCUCGCCCGCCGCCGCAGAGCCGGAGAUGGAUCUGCGGGCGUGGAGAGUUUGUGGAAGGGCCGUGUUCCUGUUGGCAGAGGAGGUUGGCUGCUGAGCCAGGGCGUGUCUCCCGGAGGGCGCCAGGCCGCCUGGAUCCCCAUCUCGUCGCCAUGGGCCGCCCAGGCUGGUCAGUCACCAGCCCGUGACGUCAUCGUGGUCCCCAGCCCCCCAGCAGGAGGGCAGGCCAGUUGCUCAAGUCCCAGCUUCCUGGCACCAUUCUCAGGCUGUGAGAUCCGUCUGUCCUGGGGAGGGGUUGACUCCGGCUCCCAUUAGACCCUGGGCUGUGCCCAGUCCCUCCACCCCUCUGGGCCCACAUGUCCUGGCCUCUAAGGUGGAAAUGAUACAACCACCCCUGGGUACAGAGAGCCAGAGGAAGUGUGCACAGGGCCCCAAGAAUUUAUUUUAUAUAUUUUUUUAAGAUUUAUUUAUUUAUUUAGUCAUGAGAGACACACAGAGAGAGAGGCAGAGACACAGGCAGAGGGAGAAGCAGGCUCCAUGCAGGGAGCCCGACGUGGGACUCGAUCCCGGGACUCCAGGAUCAGGCCCUGGGCCAAGGCAGGUGCUAAACCGCUGAGCCACCCAGGGAUCCCUGGCCCCAAGAAUUUAGAAGGCACUGAAUAAACGCUGGCCAGGAUUCUGUGAAGAGUGAGAACGGUCCAGGGGAACAUGCACCAAGUCUCCAAAGCUCCGGGCAAGUUCCCACAUCCCCUGCGCUACUUCUCUCCCAGGCAGGACGGUGCAGGGUUGAGACAGUAGACUCUGGAGCCAGGUGGCCUGGCUUCAAGCCCCCGCCCUGCCACUUGCCCGCCACCGGACUGUGUAUGAGUUACCAGACUUCUCCGUGCCUUGUGGUCGUCCCCUGUAAGAUGGGGGCAGUGAUUGCCACUGCAAGGGUGGCUGUAAGGGUCAACAAGCUAAAUGUGCGUGUAACAUCCCGAGCAGGUCACUUGGCACAUGUGUGGUGAUGGUCAGCCCGUUACGGGGUUCUAGUGUUCCUCCUUGCAGGUGGGAAGUCUGAGCAGAGUGAAUCACCCCAGGACUUAGCUGGUUCAGGCAGCUUUGAGGUCCCACGCCUUGCACGUGCUCCCAUAGCCCUACCCUCGGGGACAGGGCCCAAGCCUGUUUUGUUUCCCCAGCCACCUGCAGGGCCUCCAGGAUGUUCUUGGCUGCCUGCCAGGUAGACAUCACCAGGAGAGGGUGAGGGUCGAAGGGCAAUAGUCUGAGGUGAGAUUACAGGCUGCAGCACCAUCUUCCUGGCCCUGGCCCUCCAGACCUGUGUCUGUGAGAAGCAUGGCCCAAGGCAGGGGCUGGGGAGGCCAGGUGCCCAGGAGACCCCACUGCGUCUGAGAGGCUUUAGGACCCAGCAUGCGUCCCCGUGUGCCUGGAGCCCACUCGUUGUGCAAGCUUGCAUGCCAGCCCUUAGCACACCAGUGUCCAGGCCUGCCCAAGCCCCAGGCUUUCCUGCUUAAAGUCCCCAAGGCUACUUGGCAGUGUGCCCUCUUGGCCUGGUUUGUGGGACUGAAUGGGGCCGAGGGGUACAUGUGCGAGGCCUCGAAUCAGGGGCUGCCAGCAUCCCGAGGGGGCCAGGCCUCCCCAGACAAGGACCCGGCCUGGGUCCAUGAUGGCCAUGUCGUAGGUAGCACUGGCUCAGGUCUCGGGAAGCUCACAGGUGUGUCACAGAGUGAAAGGGACUCUGCCCGGACCUCAGCCCAUGGCCUGCCGCUCCCGUCUUACAGACCAGCCGGUUCCUGCUACAGGCUCCUGGUGUCAUCUGGGGAGAACAUGUCCAGGCCCCCCGAGUGCCUGCUGCGGCUGCUCCGGGGCACCCCAAGACAGCGGGUCUGCACCCUGUUUAUCAUCAGCUUCAAGUUCACGUUUUUCGUCUCCAUCAUGAUCUACUGGCACAUUGUGGGAGAGCCGGGGGGCCAAAGAGAAUUCCCGAACUUGCCUGCCGACGUCCCCUGCCCCCGACUGGUGCCCCCCACGCAGCUCUCCAGCGCCCUGCCUCCGGGCAACAUCUUCUUCCUGGAGACGUCAGACCGGACCAACCCCAACUUCCUAUUCAUGUGCUCGGUGGAGUCGGCCGCCAGGGCCCACCCCGAGUCCCGGGUGGUGGUCCUGAUGAAGGGGCUGCCCGGCGGGAAUGCGUCGCUGCCCCGGCACCUGGGUCUGUCGCUCCUGGGCUGCUUCCCCAACGUGCACAUGCUCCCGCUGGACCUGGAGGAGCUGUUCCGGGACACGCCCCUGGCGGCCUGGUACGCGGCCCGGCAGCGCCGGUGGGAGCCCUACCUGCUGCCCGUGCUCUCCGACGCCUGCAGGAUCGCGCUCAUGUGGAAGUUCGGCGGCAUCUACCUGGACACGGACUUCAUCGUCCUCAAGAACCUGCACAACCUCACCAACACGCUGGGCGCCCAGUCCCGCUACGUCCUCAACGGUGCCUUCCUGGCCUUCGAGCGCCACCACGAGUUCAUGGCCCUGUGCAUGCGUGACUUCGUGGCCCACUACAACGGCUGGAUCUGGGGCCACCAGGGCCCGCAGCUGCUCACACGGGUCUUCAAGAAGUGGUGCUCCAUCCGCAGCCUGGAUGAGAGCCACGCCUGCCGCGGCGUCACCACCCUGCCCUGCGAGGCCUUCUAUCCCAUCCCCUGGCAGGACUGGAAGAAGUACUUCCAGGACAUCAGCCCCGAGGAGCUGCACCGGCUGCUCAAUGCCACCUACGCCGUCCACGUGUGGAACAAGAAGAGCCAGGGCACGCGCCUGGAGGCCACGUCCCGGGCGCUGCUGGCACAGCUCCAUGCCCGCUACUGCCCCACAACACAUGAGGCCAUGAAGAUGUACUUGUGAGGGGCCUCCCCCAACCCACCCCGGGCGUCCUGUCCCGACAAAGGAGGAGGGUUCCCAAGGGGGAGGCCUCAGUCGCUGCUGCCUAGGAUGUGGGGCAGGCUCCGGGAAGGGUGGGUAGCCACUGGUUCAAGAGGUGCAUUCGUUCGGGGGGACAUGCUGCAGGCCCCUGGAUCUGCUCCUUUCCAGGUGAGGCUGGUGGGAUACCUCCAGGCCAGUGUGCUUUCUCAGGGUGCAGGCAACAGCUGGUGGGGGAAGGGCCCCAGCCAGAAUCAGCUGCAUGAGCCGGGUGAGCAUCUGGGUCUUCUGGACAGCACAGCAGAGCCGGGAGCAUCGAAGCCUCUUCCAUGGCAUCGCCGGGCAGCCAGGCUGGUGGGGGCUGAGGUGCCCACAAAGAAAGCAUGGAUGGAAAAGCCCAAGGAAAGGGUAUAGGAAGGAGAGGAGGGUGCCUGACGAGAGGGAGGAGGCAGCCUGGGAGAGCAGGGGUGCAAAUCCAGCCUCUGGAGCCCAGGUCGGGGAGGGGUGCUUUGCUCUUUUCUGCGUUUGGUUUCUUUUUCAGAGAUCCCGAGGCCAGCAGAGCUGGCCUGGGGAGCCCAGCGGGGAAAGCCUGGCUGCUCACCCCAUCCUUCUUGCCAGAGAUGUUGCAAGGGUGGCGUGCUAGCUGGCCACUCCAGGGCAUGGGGGUGUGGAGUUCUUUUGGCUCAGGAAAAGCAUUUUAAGAAAACCACCCCCCCCUGCCCAUGAUAAACAUAGGAUAAUAAAUGUAAUAAAAGUGAUUCCCUGA